GGAAGGAAGUGUAGAAACUACGUUGAGGUGCAACGUCAAAACAGGGCCAAAUAGAAAGUAUUACUUGGAAUAAACUUAAAUGUUAGAAAUUAUUAUCCUCGAUUAUUUAUUUAAACGUUGUCUUCGAGAUGUAUCAGCAAGUAGCAGUCAUGAAAUAACGCAAUGGGCGACCUUCGCCCGGUCCUGGUUCCUAAUUGAUGCUAGAAUGCAACCUCCUGGGAAGAUUGCAGUCAUGUGUUCUGUUCGAUUACAGGGGAAACACAAACCUAUUUAUCAUUCAUUGAGUGACUGUGGUGACCAUGUGGUAGUCAUAAACACCAGACACAUAGCUUUCUCUGGAAACAAAUGGGAGCAGAAGGUCUAUUCAUCUCACACUGGGUAUCCAGGUGGAUUCAAGCAAGUCACAGCUGCCAUGCUCCACCAAAAAGAUCCAAAAGCUAUUGUGAAGUUAGCGGUGUACGGCAUGCUGCCUAAGAAUCUGGCCCGACGCACCAUGAUGCAGCGACUACACCUGUUUCCUGAUGACGAGCUUCCAGACGACAUCCGAGCCAACCUGACAGAGGAGCUGCCUCAGCCCAGAGAGAUUCCCAGGAAACUCAGCGAAUACACCCAGGAGGAGAUAGACGCCUUCCCCAGGCUCUGGACACCACCUGAAGACUACAAGAUGAAAUGAAAUCGCAGCUGCCCGAUGUGACCAAAAGUUGCAAAGGUUUUUUUGUUUUUUGUUUUUUACAUCAAUGCUACAUUGAAAGCAACAGUAGUAUCAAUUUAUAUCUGUUACGAUACUUGGCAAAAUAUUGUAAACGUGAGUGGUCAGACAGGUUUCACAGGAUUUAAACACCAAAAGCUGAUUUCCUCUGGUCAGAUGAAACAUUAGAAAACAGCCUGUAAGGCCAGUCAACAGAACUAUGUCUGCUCCAAUGCUGGCAGCAAGGCGUGACUGGGCUUUAAAGCUAAGUCAUAAUAUAGUCAUGUCAACACAAACUGUGCGCUGCUGUUUCUGCGGGGGUAAAAACAAUAAAGCCUGUCAGUUGUGUUACCUUUGACAGGACCGCGGCAGACGUGAAUAAUCGAGGAACAGCUCGAGCCGUCACCAUGGGGCUCGGCUCUGAUCAGAGGAAAUCAAAUUCUGAGUCUUUUUCUGAUUAUAGAAGCAUGAAAUGAUCAGAUCUGGCCCAUAAAAAUGACAUCUGUUAAAGCUGAUCCUGCCUGUGGAGGUUUGUGGAUGCACAGUGAAUCAAAUUAAUGUGCUAGCAUGACAACAUUCAAACCAUCAGUGUAGGUUCAGUAGAUAAUGUAGAUUUUGAUCAGAAAAGAUUGUGGUUUUUGUCUGUCAGAAGUUUCCAUACUGUUUUAAGUUGAACAAUAGUAAGCAAUUUAAUUAACCUCUAGUAAUGUCAUGUACAUAAAUGUUGUAAAAUCAAGUUAAAGUUGGAUCUGUUUGUGCCCCUAAAGUUAAACAACUGGCCUAAAACACAAUUUUGUACUCAGAUUUAUUGGUUAUAAAAGCAAACAAAAUAGAAAAUAAAUAAGUUCAUUUCAUACUAAAGGGCGUGGUGGUGGACACAUUCCUGAUUAAAACUGUUCAAGCUUGACAGUUUAAAUCUCGAACAGACCGGGACCAGCUCACGGCUAAACAUUUAGAGCUUGUUGUGUUUUUUUUUUCUUGACUGCAGUGCAGGAGGAGCCAAGUUUACACUUCUCAUUCAAUCAUGAUUCCUUUCACUGAGCCGCAGCUGACUGUUUAGAAUAAUAACUGGCUGGAGGUCUCCUUCCAGAGAGAGGUCAACCAGUGAGCAGGCCCGCCUUUGCAUAAGAACAAUAAACUAAACUGGGGCAGCAACACAAGACACCAACAACAUAGACUUGUCCUAUAAAUUCACCACAUGUCUGAGUAUUAAAACCCAGAAUAGACCUGCUCAAUCUUUGAAUAAAACAUUACAGGACAGAAUGUCAUUGGCAGCCAGAUUUUCUCUGGAUAAAAAAUGAGAAUUUAAAAAAGUGAUCAACUUUGUGUUGCACAAACACAAGACUGUAUGGAAGAAUCACUUC